AGCCGCAGCAGUAGGGUAAGGGUCAGAGAUACUAAUCCUCGCACGUUUGUACAGCUUUCUACGGCGAAGUUUGGCUUCGGAUAAGGGUUUUUAAUUAUCUGACGCGCACUCGGGUCUUAUAGUUUUUGCGGAUGAGAUUGGUCGUCGAGAACUGCGUGUACCGUUGUUGCCCCAGUAUUUUUUUUUUACCGUAAUUUAGGAGUAACAGGAGAAUCUGAGCUAGCAGCAGUGGUAACGAAGCUAAAACUGGCUAGCUAACGAUAGCUAGCUUCACGGGAGCUGAGCGUUGCUCGGUGGUGGUGGUGGGGGUGGGGGGGGGCAUAUUGCCUGUAGUGUCGUUUGAUGGAUCCUAGAAUCGCCUGGUUUCAACCAGAACAACGUGGACCAGCUAACAACCUGUGGAUGCAGAUCUGGGAGACGACACAAGGAUUCGGGUAUUUGCACGUAAAUAACAGUUACACCACCAGAGCUCAGACCACGCCGAGCGUCAAAGCGAUCGCCAACGGGGCGCCGGGAGCCGUCCUCAGCUGUAAAAACGGGACACUUAAGUUCCACGCGGGUUUUGGAGAUUUCAAGACUCAGGGGAUGUCUGCUUCAAUCGAGGACGGGGAAGGAACGCAUCAGCGAGACUUUAUACCACUAGACAGCAACCAUAACAACCGAGCCACAGGCAGGGGCGGUGUCGGCGGAGUGGGGCAACAGCAGCCGGGCAGCGGGGUACCCGUGCAGUGGAGGGGACUCACGGAGGGACACCCCAACAAAAGGAAAAGAGUCAAUAAAGCCAGCACUUUUGGAUUCAAUUCCAGCAUCUUAAACACCGGCUGUGGCUCCAACACAGAUAGAUAUGAAGGUUAUACGGGCACACCGUGGAAAGUCAGGAACUACUCUGAAGGAGUUGUUGGGCUUCACGAGGAGAUCAAGGACUUCUACGAGUACAUCUCCCCACGGUUAGAGGAGGAAAAUAUGAGACUGGAGGUGGUGGACAGGAUCAAAGGCGUCAUCCACGACCUGUGGCCCAGUGCUGAGGUCCAAGUGUUUGGGAGUUUCAGCACCGGCCUUUAUCUACCAACAAGUGACAUCGACCUGGUCGUCUUUGGGAAGUGGGAGACACUUCCUCUCUGGACGCUGGAAGAAGCUCUCCGAAAGAGGAACAUCGCAGAUGAAAAUUCCAUCAAAGUCUUGGAUAAAGCAACGGUUCCCAUCAUCAAACUGACCGACUCCUUCACCGAAGUCAAAGUGGACAUCAGCUUCAACGUGCAAAGUGGAGUCAAAGCCGCUCGGCUCAUCAAGGAGUUCAAGGAGAAAUACCCCGUGUUGCCUUACCUGGUCCUGGUGCUGAAGCAGUUCCUCCUGCAGAGAGACCUAAACGAGGUUUUCACUGGUGGAAUUGGUUCCUACAGUCUCUUUCUCAUGGCCGUGAGCUUCCUGCAGCUUCACUACAGGGAGGACGUGUCCAGUCCCAACAUCAACUACGGAGUUCUGCUGAUUGAGUUCUUCGAGCUCUACGGCCGGAACUUCAACUACCUGAAAACGGGCAUCAGGAUAAAAGAUGGCGGCUCCUACGUCGCCAAAGACGAGGUUCAGAAAAGCAUGAUGGACGGAUACAGGCCCUCCAUGCUCUACAUUGAGGACCCUCUGCAGCCCGAAAACGAUGUUGGCAGGAGCUCGUACGGCGCCAUGCAGGUGAAGCAGGCGUUCGACUACGCCUACAUGGUCCUCAGCCACGCAGUGUCACCCAUGGCCAAGUACUACCCCAACAACGAGAACGAGAGUAUCCUCGGCCGGAUAAUCCGGGUGACUCAGGAAGUGGACGAGUACAGGGAUUGGAUCCGAAAGAACUGGGGGACCCCCUCUCAGAAUGACUCACUUAACAGGAACGACGUGACGUUAUUCGGGUCUAAGCAGCUCGACGAGCGCAACAACAACGUUCCGGACAACGAGGAUGUGGUGGUGGUUCAUACGCCGGCUCCCCACAGCAAGUCUUCCUCAAACCUGUCCUCUCCUCCCCUCUCCCUGCCCUCCUCUCCCUCGUCUUCUCCUCUGACGCCGUCUUUUACGUCUUCCAGCGACGCGGACUCCGAUGGAACGCCGUGUAAAACGGCUAAGCAGCAGUCAGGCCGAAGCUCCAGUUCUCACAGAGAGAAGCCUGCAGUGGUCGGGAAUCAUCGCACGCAGAACCACGCGGCCAGCACUCCGUCUGCAGGACCCAAAGGAGGAAAGGGCCGGAUGUCUCGUCCCAACAAGAGCGGACACCACGGGCAGCAGAACUCCUUCAGCUCCAAAAGUCACCCGAGCAACAAGCCCAACCACCGGGGCAACAGCAAGAGGAGGAAAAACGUACGAGAGCCCACACAAGAGGAUCUCUGCAGAUAGGGGUGACAUCGGUACCCUGCCUCCCCCCCGUCUCCCCCGUCCUCACCCGUAACUGACUCAAUCUGCUGUCCAAACUCUGCUGCCACUCAAGAGCCUCGGAGGACUGUUAGCAGAGUCCGUCUCCCUUUUUUAAGGUGACAAACAUUUUCUAACAGAAACGGGAACGAUUAAGCGGUCUUGUUGGAAUUAGGAUAAAUUACAUGGACCUGAAUGGAAUUACAAACUAAAACCAUUCAUUUGCUUCCGGACGGCUUCCUUUACGGAGCGGUUUUAUCUUCCCACAGCCAACAGCCUCUUGUGCCUCCUGCUGUACAGGAUUGGACCGCUUGGGUGUCUGGAACCAACUCUGGAGCAAUAUCGUGAACUGCUGGCUCAAAAAAAAAAAAAAAAAAAUCAAAGCUAUUUAAAAAAAAUAUUCAAAUAAGAAGAAAAUUGCAAAAAAUGUUCUAAAAAAAUGCUACGUUGAACAACAAAUGUACCCCUUUUUAAAAGACGGUCACUUCCAAAAGCAAUCGGUUAGAGAGGGACGUGACUUGUGCAUGAAGUCUUUUGUUGAGUGACUCUGUUUUACGUCUGAACAGGUAACAGUUUGUAACAAAAACCAACAAACCAAAAAAGUUCAAGCGCUAGUAAAAAAAAACGUUUGUUUCAUAUGACCUUUAUACAAGAUGGCUGUCUUGUGUCCGGCUGCUGUUCUCCCAAAAUCCAAGAGGAGUUUUGGUCCCGUUGCCAACAGAAAUCAUCAGCAUCUACUUUUACUCCCGACUGCUCCAAGUGUGCAGCGGCGCCGCCGUUUGGUGCAGAGCGACUCCAAGCUCACGUCACGUCCCGUAGAUGAGCGUCGUCUCACUCCGUAGCGCCGCCCGCCGGAGAGGCUUUAAGACACCUUUGAGUAUAUAUUUGUGGUGAUAAUGGUUUUAUUGAAAAUCCUUAACUUGAAAUGUGUCAACGAUCAAACUGUGGGGAUAAUCUGUUUAUUUGGAAAUGACCUUCUACAGAAUCAUUUGUAUUUGUUAAAUGUAUUUAUUUUUUUAUUAAUUAUAUGAGCAUAGUAUGGUUAUAUGUAACAUUAACAUUAGAGCCCCCAUCUGACUCCUUUAUUUGAAAUAGAACGUGGUGGCAAAGAAAUUCAGGUAAAUCAGAAGUUUUUCCACUGACAGUCGAGUGACCAAGUUACUUUUGGAAGCGCAGGAGAGCGUAAGUGGUCAUUUUGUUUUAAUAUGUGGCUGGUCUACCGACAAACAGUUCCAGCAACAAUCACUUUUUGAAUCAUUUCCCUUCUAUCGUUGCAGUACAACAACUAACCUGUAGAUGGGGUAGUUGCUCCAAGUCUUAAUCAACACAGAGUUUGGGCUUGUAUACUGCAUUUGAGUGUUUUGUUAUUGUCUCAUUAAUGUCCUCAUAUCUCAGCUGGACGGGCAUCUGCACAGUAGAAAAAGUGAGGAUGAGUGCGAGUACCACGCUAAGGCACAGUUGAACCUUUCACUCUAAAGUCAUCUAUGGAAAAUGUCAAAAAAGACCCAUCUUUUACUUCUAAUACCCACAGUGGCAUCCAAAGGUGCAGAGUGUUGUGUUAAGAAAAACAAAGCCAAGAUGAGACGUGCAGCUUCUUCUAAGUGGACUUUAAAUAUUGGACAACUCCCCCCGUUUUGCAGUGAAAAUGCAGUAUAGAAGUGCAGAUUUUGUGAUGGACAGAAAGGAGACACUUGUGUGAAGUUAGCUGUACCAUUUGAAUGUCCAGUUACCACUUUUCUCUUCAGAAUGUCUGGGAUCCACUUGUACUUCUCUCACACUUGGUUCCUGCAGCUGUUAGAAUCAGAAUUCAAAUUGAUGCAAUAAAAACUUUACCUUUCA